AUACGUGAACACAGAAAGGAACCGGAAAGGACAACAAAAACGUUUUGUCUAAAGUAUAUCGUGUUGUUUCUUGUGUUAAUACAUUAACUGUUUGAUCAUUAUUAUUGAUAUUUUCUUUUAACUGAGUCUUCGCCAUGCCGUAUGCUAAUCAGCCGACAGUGAAAAUAACAGAGCUGACGGACGAGAAUGUGAAAUUUGUCAUAGAGAACACUGAUUUAGCGGUUGCAAAUUCCAUUCGCCGCGUCUUUAUGUCUGAAGUGGCGACAAUAGCAAUUGACUGGAUUCAGAUUGAUGCCAAUUCUUCAGUUCUGCAUGAUGAGUUUAUUGCUCACAGAGUUGGUCUAAUCCCCCUCACAAGUGAUGACAUUGUAGAUAAAAUGCAGUAUUCCCGAGACUGCACAUGUGACGAUUUCUGUCCCGAAUGCUCAGUCGAGCUGACUCUGGACGUCCGAUGCACAGAGGACCAGACUCGUCACGUCACCUCUCGGGACCUCCUGUCCAACAAUCCCCGUGUCAUUCCUGUGACCUCCAGAAGUCGGGACAAUGACCCUAAUGAUUAUGUGGAGCAGGAUGACAUCCUCCUGGUGAAGCUGCGAAAGGGUCAGGAACUGCGUCUGAGAGCAUAUGCUAAGAAAGGCUUCGGCAAGGAGCACGCCAAGUGGAACCCAACCGCGGGGGUGUCCUUUGAGUAUGACCCAGACAAUGCACUGAGGCAUACGGUGUACCCACGUCCAGAGGAAUGGCCCAAGAGUGAGUAUUCUGAGAUUGAAGAGGAUGAGAUACAAGCCCCUUAUGACCCCAAUGGCAAGCCAGAGAGGUUCUACUACAAUGUAGAGUCAUGUGGCUCGUUACGGCCAGAAACCAUUGUCUUGUCGGCACUGGCCGUGCUCAAGAAAAAGCUGAGUGACCUGCAGACCCAGCUGAGCCAUGAGAUCCAGAGUGACGUGCUCACCAUCAACUGAGAGCUGGUUUUGAUUCGAUACAUCUAUGCCAUAACAUGCAACAGAGGACUGAUCUAGCAUGACUUCACCAUCAGCCUAAUUACCAGUGCAGUAGAUGAAGACCAGGUCAACUAACAUCGAUCAAGUACAAAUUGAGCUUCUGCUUCUCGCCAUUUCUGCAUCUGGACUCAAUGUGACCCAAAUCGGGAUACCAGUGUUUCUGGUCCUGGAUGGAGGAAUGCGUGUGCAGCAUCUUAUACACAAGUUCUUAAACCCCACAUUUGUAAAUAUUUCCCUAGUUAAUCCAGUUAAUGCUCUAAUCAGGCUGAGAUCAGUAGAGAUUUAAAAACAGGACCUGGUAUUGGGGAACACUGCUCUAAUUUGAGUGUUAGACAAGAUUUAUAUUCUCGUCUGACUUGUAUCUCGCAGUCUGUUAACAGUGAAAGAUGUAAUCCUUAUGAAGCACGGAGGACAUCGAUUCAUUUCUCAUGACCCUGCGCUGUUGAUGAAUAGUCUGUUAAUUAAACUUUGUUUUCCUUUUGGGUAUGAAAUAAAGGCUGUGUUUUCUAA